GGGGGCCAGAGGCACCGACGGCGCCGGGACAUCCGUGACUGGCACGACGCGCUCGGCUCGGUCCUUCUCCUUCCCGGGUGGGCGCAGCAGGAACCCGCGCCGUCAUGAUCAAUGAAUCUUGCGAGAACAUCACGGACAUCACCGAACAUGCGGGGCCCUCCGUCAGCGCCGUGAUGUUCGUCACCGGGGUGCUGGGCAACGUGCUGGCGCUGGUCAUCCUCGGGCUGCACAAGCGGGACCCCAAGAGCAAAAUGUCGCUCUUCCACAUCCUAGUGAGCAGCCUGAUAAUCACCGACCUGGUGGGAACCCUGAUCAUCAGCCCGAUGGUGCUGACCGCCUACGCCAGGCGCCGCACACUGCUGGCUCUGAACUUGUGCAGCUAUUGCGCCUUCGCCAUGGCUUUCUUCGGCCUCGCUUCUAUGUUCAUCCUGUUUGCCAUGGCGGUGGAGCGCUGCCUCUCCCUCAGCUGCCCCUACUUCUACCAACGGCACACCAGCAACCGCUGCGGACUCAUCACCAUCCCGGCCAUCUAUGUCUUCUGCCUCAUCUUCUGUGCCUUGCCCCAACUGGGGUUUGGCAUCAACGCGCAGUAUUGCCCGGGCACCUGGUGUUUCAUCAAGAUGGAAGUUUGGAGAAUGGAGGUGAGGCACCGCGUCUAUUCCCUGUCCUACGCCAUCCUGAUGAAGGUGUUGAUCAUCUCCAUCCUACUGUGCAACAUAUCCGUCAUUGUCAACCUGUGCCGAAUGCACCAAAGGAAGAAGACUCGGAGACACUCGAGUGCACCCCGCACAAGAAGGCAUCGAUUUUCCCAGUCCGAAGAAGUUGAUCACCUCGUUCUUUUAGCUAUAAUGACAACAACGUUUGUUAUUUGUUCAGUGCCUUUGACGGUUCGUGCAUACAUCGGGGCAUUUCAAAAUGUCAAAGACAAUGAAAGUGAUCUCGUGGCUCUCCGUUGCCUGUCUUUUAAUUCAAUAAUUGAUCCAUGGGUUUUUAUUAUUCUCAAUACAUCUGUAUUUAGAAGGAUAUUGUCCAGGAUAUUGUGCUGUAAGAUUACUUCAAAGAGACAAGAACCACAUACCACCACUUUCAAAAAUACUGAAAUAUUCAGACAGGAGUCACUUUGGGACAGGCACUCCUGAUACUUGAAUUGUGCUGAAGGUACUUUACAAAAUUUAUCCACCAGUCCGUCCUUUUGAAGGAAAGAUGCACUUAAUAUCACAUGGGAUUUGACAGACCAAUUUGCUUUCUCGUAUUUACAUUGAGUAAGAGGAGAGUUUACAAUAAGCAACGAGUAAGGAACAUGUGCAGAGGAUUUUGUCCUGUUGACAGUUCUGACGUCAUCUGUGAAGCAUCAUUUUUUUCUCUAUGAUUCUUCAAAUUCUUGAGAAAAAUUUGUCAUUAAAAGAUUUUAAUUUAGGCCAUGUGUUCAAUUUCAAGUGAUUUGGCGCAAAUUUUAUUUUUUACAUUCCCCUGUGGCAUAUUUGUUGUUUAAUAGAUAACUUACUUUUCUACAUAGAUUGAAUUGGCUUUGCAGAGUAUUUGUCCUCUUUAUUAAAACAAAAUAUUAUCAAUGGGUCUUUUUACAUGAUGUCAAUAUUGGUUUUAUAAUACACUUUAAUUAUUUAAAUUACAGUUUGUCGGAUAAUAUGGACUGUGGUGCUGUACAACGGAACCAAAUUUCACUCAGUAUUUUUGAGAGGAAUAGAUAGUUUGGUCAUCAGGUUCACUCAGUGGUAACUACGUAGAUACAUAUCAAUUGUUAGAAGCCAUGUCUUUCACUCAAACCAUGGCCCCAUCUUCCCUCUCAAAAGGAUAUAAUGUGACACAAGAAGAGCACGUCAGUACUUCCUGUGGCCUGUCCAAUAUUUAUCUUUAAAACAAAUAAAGUGAAACAAAUAAUCUUUUAUAAUUUCAUUCCUUUUUGUGUGUUGCACAAAAGUUGGCAGCCUCAUUUCCAAUGUUACUACAGUUAGUAAACUUCAAGAGACCUUAUUGGUAAUAACUUUUUUGAAUGUUCUGAGAUUUGUGUAAAACACUAUUUAAAUGCAACUCUUUCUUUAUUAGAUGAUACUCUGUGGAAUUCAAAUUGUGCCAAACCUUGAAAUAGCAAUUCAUGUUAGAAUUUUACAAAAUUACACUCAGGUGGAUUUUCCAUAGUUGCUCAAACUAGAAUGCAAGGAAACAAUUUGUGCUUUUAUGGCAAAGAAUUAUUUUCUACACCUCAAGGCCUCACUUCAGCUUAUUCAAAGGAAGUUCAAUAGUCCAAAUCCUUAGGUGGCAACAGCGGUGUGGCUGGGGGCACAGUGGUACAACUCGUUGAGCUGCCUCAACAGCUCCAGCAACCUGGAUUCAAUCGUGACAUCCAGUCCUGAUGUGUGGAGUUUACACAUUCUCCCUGUUGUUGCAUGGGUUUCUUCCAGGUGCUCUGGUUUCUUCCCACAUACCAAAAGUGUGGCGAUAGGUAGGUUAAUUAGUCGCUGUAAAUUGCCCCAGUGUGUAGGUGGGGCAAUAGAAACUGGGGAGAGUUGACGGGAAUGUGGGUGAAUAAAAUGGUUUAGGGUAAAUGGGUGUUUGAUGAUUGGCCCAUACUCUGUGGGCCAAAGACCCGCUUCUGUGCAUUAUCUCUAUGGCUCUAACCUAAUCGUCACUGAGCCCGGACACAGUCAAAACCUAAGUGUCUUCAGAGCUUCUAAAGAAUUCCUCCAAUUUUCUUCUUACUGGAUCUGUUCUGUAUUGCAGAACAUUUUUAUUGCCCUAGACUUCUGCUUCACCAUCAGAGGCCAGUCAUUUAGUAACUGGAAUUGUUUCUGUAGUUAAUUUCCAAUUUGUAUCACUACCAACCUGCCUGAAUUCAAAAAUAGAAUAAAAUUUAAAAUAUCACCCCUUUCACAUCUUUGAUUUUCUUCCAUUGUGGCUUUUCGGCUCAGUUCCGAUAUCCACAGGUUUUUUGGUACUUGAGAUGUGAGGAGCAGGAAGCAAGUUUUGUUAUUGACUGAUAGAUGUGUUUUCCAAAAUAGAUCAAAACAUAACUUCCAACACAUUAGACAAAAUUGCAUUUAGAUAAGAUAAGAUUUCUUUAUUAGUCACGUGCAUCGAAACACACAGUGAAAUGCAUCUUUGCAUAGAGUGUUCUGGGGGCAACCCACAAGUGGUGCCAUGCUUCCAGUGCCAACAUAGCAUGCCCACAGCUUCCUAACCUGUAGGUCUUUGGAAUGUGGGAGGAAACCAGAGCACCCGGAGGAAACCCACGCAAUCAUGGGGAGAAUGUACAAACUCCUUACAGAGUGUGGCCGGAAUUGAACCUGGGUCGCUGGUGCUGUAAUAGCAACUGCUACGCUACCUUGCCUGCCUACAGUGCAUGUUACCUUAUUGGAUCUCACAGAAUAUUUUCAAAUUAUUUCAUUUGUAUUGAAUAGAUCUUUGAAGUAGUUGAUAAAUUUAUUUCCAUGCUACGUUAUGUAGAAAAGCUGAUUGAAACUUUCAUUGAGGUUAUAGUAUACAUUAUACAGUUAUAUCCUGAUGUUGACUAUUUUAAUUUCAUAACUUUUGAAUAGUUUAUAAUAUUUUAAUUUAUAUAUUCUUUUGUAACUGGGCACUUAUAAUAAUUCAGGUUUUAAACAAAAGUUUUAAUCUUGGCAUUCAGACAUUUCAUUGUAUCCCUGCAAAUAUCUAGUUUUUCUUUUAUUCUUCUGCACAGUUAAGUAUACAGUGAUUCAUUUUAUUUGAGGUAUUAUGUACAGAUAAUCAAGCUAAAAAUCCUAUCCUGCCACGUUUCCCCAAACUUAAUGAACAAUAUAAAAUAAUGAUUUAUUCUGUGCAUUUUAAACUCAUCCCACACAUAAACUGACUUCUGCCAAUGGUACCAAAUGAUGUGUUUAAAUUUGGAGGACAAAGUGAUAGCAAUCUUGAUUCAUUAUUAAUUCAUGUAAGUUUUUCUGUAUGUACAGAAUACGCAGAGUAUUCUGAAAUGGAGACCAAUUACAGCUGGUAAUUACCACUUUGCAGUAUUUAAAACAAAACUGGUAAAUGACGUCAGGUCACUUAAGUGCCAUUUUAAAAUGUCUUCUACUCAAGCUACAUUUGUAGUUAAUGUAAAUUCUUUCUCGUACCAUGUAGUUAAAAUCUCUCCCAAUGCUUGAUUUAAAAAAAUUGACAUAUAUUGUGUAUUUUUAAAUGAAUUAUUAUUAUUGCACAAAAGUUUAAAAUGUUUCCUUUUGAAACUCUAAUUUUGCAAGUAUGUCUUGGAACUUCAUUUGCAGUAAUAACAAGGUAAACAAGAAAACAUGACGACUUUUCAAAUGAUACUGCUUAGUUUUGUACAGUAAUUGUAAAACAGAGCCUGUUUUAUGAUCAGAUAUUUUCUGGAACCAGUCUGAUGUCUGCCUGAUGAAAUGUGAAACUAUGCAGUAAUUAAAAUUACUGGAAACUGUAAUAACACAUCAGAUUAGAGGUUCAUCUGUUGUACAGACAAAGUAUGGAUAAUAUUGUUUUACCAAAGUAAGCCUAUAGUUCCAUCAAUGUAUGUGGUUAAAACCAUGCACAGAAUAUUUAUGCAUUUCCAGCUUGUUAUUUUUUAUUAUAUAUAAUAUUGCACUGCGAACAACUUUUCUAAUAAACAUACAGGACUCUG